CUGCUUCCGCUUCAUCUGGCUGCUGCCAAAGGACACAGCGGCUGUGUAGAGCUUUUAUUGACGCUCGAAAUCAUCGACGAACGAGACGAAGAUGGUUGCACGCCCCUAUGGCGUGCUUGUGUGAAUGGACAUGAACAUAUAGUUGAAUUUCUCAUCGAGCAAGGCGCUGAUUGCGGGUCUGCUAAUUUCGAUGGCAAUAUGCCGCUUCACAUCGCCGCAUCCUUUGGAAACUACACGAUCAUCGAGCGCCUUCUGAAUGAAGGCUGCGAUUCCUCUGCUCAGAACAAAUAUGGACAGACACCA